CUGUGUAUUAUUUGAUAUUAAAAGAGUUUACAAAGCUACGCAUUCCAAAAUGAGCCUCUCUCUGAGGAAGAUGGUUAGUUAAGGAAUAUAAGAUAUAAAUAAAUAAAAGGUGGGCAAGGGCAGAGAAAAGCUAUAUUUUAAUUAAAUGCCUUAGAAGACACAUAAGUAAUCAUAUGUUUAUAUUAUAUGACAGGGCAAAACAUUAGGGGAGGCACAUAUUAUGUAUCCUAGAUUUAGGGUAAAGAAAGCUUUGGAAACAAUUCUGCAAUUUGAAUUUAUAAAUAGUAGUAUAAAUUUGAAUAUUCCUAAAUCCUCAAAAGCUGGGCAUUUCUACUUGGGGAUUCUGUAUUUGAAAUAUGAUUUAAAAAAUGAAAAUGGUGAAAGAAAGGAAGUGCCUGCUAUCUGAGCACUAUUUAUAGCAUAUUUAUAGCAUUAUUAGACUUGACAUCUUCUGACUUGAAAUGCUAAGAAUUAGCAGUGAAAAUUCCCAAGUUUUCCCGACUGGCUUCUGCUGCAGAAUAAACUGCCCUCAGUUUCACUCCAAAUAAGGGAGAAGUAUAGUGCAAUAAAAUUCCCCCCAAACCUGAUGUUUUCCAUGCAUCCUCAAACGGUUCUGAGGAGAAAGGCAAAACAGGAAAAACAAAAUAAAUUCAAAAAGUUCUUUUUGCUUGUGCUACUGAGGGGAACAGCAUGGAAAUAGAUGAUCCUUACAAUAGGAAAGAAGCAUUAAUUCUUAAAGCAAACAAAUAAAAAGGUGUAUACUAUUAAUGCCAGAAAUAAAUCACAGCUCUUUGGUGACACUGCUGAUGUGGAAAUACAACUGGCUGCAUUGUGAAUAGGAUUGAGUCUGUUCCACUGUUUCCUACAGAGCCAUUUCAUUUCUUUCUAAUUUCAUUGCAGAUAAUUCAACCUCUUAAAACAGCAUGAAAACAUGUGUGUGUAAGCAUGUACACAUUCAUCCACACCCUCUAUUAAUUCUGGAUAACAUGUCCAAUUAUUCCUAUAUUUUCCUAUGGAUAGCAUAGUUACUAACAGUAAAUAGUUAGUCCUUGACUUACAAUCAUUCAUUUAGUUACUGUUUGAAGUUACAAUGGCACUGAAAAAAAUAAUUUAUGACCAGUUUUCACACUUACAAUCAUUGCAGCAUCCCCAUGAUUAAAUGAUCAAAAUUAAGACAUUUGGCAACUGGCAAAUAUUUAUGAUGGUUGCAGUGUCCUGGGAUCAUGUGCUCACCCUCUGCUACAUUCUGACAACCAAAGUUAAUGGGGAAGCCAGAUUCAUUUAACAACUAUGUUACUAACAUCUGCAGUGAUUCACUUAACAACUGUGGAAGAAAGGUCAUAAAAUGGGGCAAAAUUUACUUAACAACUGUCUUGCUUAGCAAACAAUUUUGGGCUCAAGCAAAACCUCAAAUUCAAAAAAUUCAGUAUUUCAAAUUACUAGAUCUUUACCCAGAGCCCCUGAAUAGUUUUCUCUUGUAUCUGCAAGGGAAAAAAAGAAUUUAAGAUAUAUACGGUAUGUAUCUCAGAUUAAUCUAAUUGUAUGAAGACUUGAUGGUGUGUGCAUGUAGGGAAGAGCAUCUUGAUGAGGGUGUGAGUCAACGUAUAGAUUUCAAAUUUCGUAACAUUAAGUAUGUGGUUCCCACUAAAUUAUGCACAAUGGAGGGAUAACCUGGACCAAAUUUGGUCUGAUGUGGCCUGAUCUAAUUGUGAAUCGUUCUAGCUUGAAUGCUCGGGAUCUCCAUUUCCAGUCAAACCCUAACGGUGGAUUAAAUCAAAUGUCCUUUGGCACAGUACCCUACUUCCACAAAGGUCAGAGCCGGAUGUCAAGGUGGUCGUGCUAGUUUCCUUACGGUUUCUGAACAUGGAAGGCUCUAUUGAGUGACCGUGAACGGACGUCCCGAACUAGCGACUUCCCCAGAAUUGCGAGGCGACCGCAGGGUAACUCUUCCCGGGCGUCCGUUCGCGCCCAGCCGCCUUCUCCCGUCUCCGGGAUGGCGGAUGACUAAGAGGAACGCGCUGCGCGGGGAUGAUCAUGGGCGGAGAAGGGACAGGUCUGAGCAGAGUCCGACGGUGUUGCUGGGCGGGAGAGGAAGGAGGCGCCCCCCGGGGGUAGGAGGGGAGCGGGGAACCGCCAGAGAACCCGAGCGGGGAACGGCGGUGCUCAGCCUCCCCGCCCAGGCACCGGGCCGGGAGCCGCACUAGCUCGAAGGCUCGGCCGCGCCGCCUUCCGUUGGCUCGCCCGGGAGGCGCGGCCAGUCCGGGCAGCUCUCCGCUCCGUCCAUGCCGCUUUCCCGGGCAGAGGCUCCCUCUUCAUUUCCUUCUCUCCGAUGUCGGGCCCCCGCAGCGCCUUGCAGGCCUGGUGCCGCCGCCAAUGCGAGGGCUACCCGGGCGUGGAGAUCCGAGACCUCAGCAGCUCCUUCCGGGAUGGCCUGGCCUUUUGCGCCAUCCUCCAUAGGAACCGGCCUGAUUUGCUGGACUUUACUUCCCUCUCCAAAGAAAAUGUAUAUGAGAACAAUCGUUUGGCAUUUGAAGUGGCUGAACAAGAAUUGGGGAUCCCUGCCUUGCUGGAUCCCAAUGAUAUGGUCUCCAUGAGAGUUCCUGACUGCCUCAGCAUCAUGACAUAUGUGUCCCAGUAUUACAACCAUUUUAACAACCCCACCCAAGCCAGAGUCUCCAUGCCUAUGAAACACCCAGCUGUUGCCUCCUCACUGACUCUGCCAGCUCACAAACCUUUGGCUGUACUUGAAAAUACUUCUACAUCUACAUCCCAGGACAGUGUUACUGAAAACCUGACAGAGGAAUCCUCGCACACUUCCCUUAGCAGCACUUGUGCAGCUUGCCAACAACACGUUCACCUGGUUCAGCGCUAUUUGGUUGAGGGCAAACUUUACCACCGUCAGUGUUUCAGAUGCAAGGAAUGCUCCAGCACGCUCAUUCCUGGAUCUUACAAACCUGGACCUGAAUUGGGCACAUUUGUGUGUACCCACCAUCGUGGUAAGCUGAGCAUACUGAGUGGGAGGACCGAGCACCAGCUAACUCCAGAACCUCUACUUGGAAAGGAAAGUACAGAAGCUGGGACAAUGAGUAAUGAGACGGAAGAAAAGAAUGGCAUAUCAGAAAGUCACUCAUCAGCUAAGGAAGAGAUGGGCAAAAUGGGGGAAAGAACUGUUAAUGAAGUGAACACAGAGCUUGAGAUACCUUAUCCCCAGUCAAAGAAUGAAGUGCCCACUUCCACUUCCAGUUCUGGGUUUUGCUUAAAGAUACCUCCCAAGCCGCCUGUACCAACCAAGCCACCAACACUUAUCCAAGAAAAGGUUAGCCUGCAACAUGGGCAGCUCAAAGAGCCUCGACCCACCCCUGCCCCUCGGAGGAGCACAGAUCCAGCCAGUCUGUCGCCACUGAGCUUGCAUCCUGUCCCAAGGCCCAGAGCCAAUAUGCAAAAUGAGAGUUCCAGUGAGUCACCAUCUGGUUUGGUCAAUGGUAGACUUCCUGAGCUCAGCCCUCCAGUUCCAAAGCCCAGGAGCAGACCUACUUCCUCAGACCGCGCUGGUGAAUUGUUAAAACCUCGAGACCCUCCAUGGAUUGCACUGGUUCAGGCAGAAGCCAGGAAGAAGCCGGCUCCUCUACCACCAGGCAAUAGCAAGGAAAGCUCACCAGUGGCCUUUGAAGAGAACGAAGAGAGAGUAGAAGAAGGAAAAGCACAAAUCAGAGAAGAGAGGCCUGUUCUGGAGGAGCCAAAACCUUAUAAUCCCUUUGAAGAUGAAGAAGAGGAAGAGGACGAGAAGGAAGUUUUCAUACCACAGAGCACGCCAAAGCAAGAUCAAAGGGAGGGGGAGGGUGGUCUCAAACCUGCUCAUCCCUGGUACGGCAUUACUCCUACAAGCAGCCCCAAGACAAAGAAGCGACCGGCUCCAAGAGCACCCAGUGCCUCCCCACUUGCUCACCAUCCCAUCUCCAGGCUUUCCCACUCAGAACCAUCUUCUUCCACGCCAUCUCCAGCCCCCAGCUUGGAGAGUAUCACAUCUGAGUGUUUGGCCAAGGCUGCUGAUAACCUAAAUGAUGCUUCUGUGCUGAAGAGCUCCUCUGAGCCUACAGUCCAUGCUCCAGCUGCUUCCAUCCUUUCCCACUCGGACUCCCCACUUAUCAGUGUCCCUUCUGGUGAGGGCCCUGCAGUUCUGCCUGGCUGUUCUGCUGAUUCCUCCUUAUCAUCAUCCAGUGAUUUGACGGGCUACGGUGAUGAGGCACAAGGUGGACAUUUACAGACUGCCAGAACUUGUUCGUCUGGGAACUUGAAAACCAGCCCUGGGAAUAUGUUUCCUAAGCCUCCUGCUGGAGCAUCUCCCACACCCAUUCUCUUGGCAUCAGAGUUGAACAGUGGGUCUGCAAGUAACUCUCCUUCACCCAAAGCACAGCCAAAGUCAUCCUGUAAGGAGAAUCCUUUCAACCGGAAGCCAUCACCUUCUGCUUCCCCCUCUAUUAAGAAAGCUUCAAAGGGACCCAAACCAGCAAGGCCUCCUGCUCCUGGACAUGGUUUCCCACUAAUCAAACGGAAGGUUCAGUCAGAUCAGUACGUCCCAGUGGAGAAUAUUUAUGGUGAGAUGGACAGCAUUGAGCAGCAGCUGGAUGAGUUAGAACACCGAGGAGUUGAGCUGGAAAGAAAACUCCGUAGUAUAGAGAAUGAUGUCCCUGAAGAUGGUUUGCUGGUGGAUUGGUUUAAGCUGAUUCAUGAGAAACAUAUGCUAGUGCGUCGGGAGUCUGAACUUAUCUAUAUUUUUAAGCAGCAGAACUUGGAGCAGCGUCAAGCUGAUGUGGAGUAUGAACUGCGAUGUCUUCUUAAUAAACCUGAUAAAGACUGGACAGAUGAUGACCGGAUCAGAGAGAAAGUAUUGAUGGAGGAGCUUGUAACCAUUAUUGAACAACGGAAUGCCAUUGUUAACAGUCUGGAUGAGGAUCGGCAAAGGGAGGAAGAGGAGGAUAAAAUGUUGGAAGCCAUGAUUAAAAAAAAAGAAUUUCACAGGGACUCUGAGGCAGAUAACAAGAAGAAAGGAAAAUUCAAACCAAUGAAAGUGCUGAAGUUACUUGGAAAUAAACCUGACUCAAAAAGCAGAUCCCCCAAAGAAAAAAGCUAAAGCAGCUGGCAGCUAGAAGAGCAAGGACGAGCUGCUAGUCUCUUUGACUGCUCAGCCCCAUUUAGCUGGGCAUACCUGGCAAGUAGGAUGGCUUCCUGCUUUUGCCCAUUUUUUAAAAAGAGGUUGUGCCUUGCCAUACACCAAAGCUGGCUUUAUCUUGUAAAAAUCCUACUACCUUCCAGCAGCAGGUGUUCCUUUGCCUAGAGAAGGGGGAAAUAUGGCAAGUCUUAUGAGCACAUUACAUAGGGGCAGACAUGGAGGAAGAAGCUGUUUGCCAUUUUCUCUUUCAAGGUGGGAUGGGAAUGGACAAAUAAAAUAGCUUUAGACUUCCUCAGUUGUGCACCUAUUAUAUCUUUGACUGUUCAGAACUUUUAAUCAUGAGUGUCUUGGGGAAAGUUGCACUAAUUGUUCUCCUUUAACUGUGAUAGUCACAUGUGCCUAAUAAUUUCUUGGGGGAGGGAGGAAGAAGAGAAUCCCCAUUGCAGUUUGGGAGCCUCUGGAUAUCUCUUCUGAAUUCCUUUUCUUAUUCUUUUUCUCUUCUUUGAUCAUUCAAAAAAAAAUUGGGCUUUCAGGGCAGAUUAUUAUUGUGGGCUUAAGUUUUUAAAAUACUAUAUAUUGACCCCAGAAACGUCUAUUAUAAAGUCUGCAAAAACAGCCAAAAAUCUAACCAAUACUCUAUUUCUGGAAGAUUUCUCUGCCACCAAAGAAGAUACUAUGCUGUGAAUGCCGAUUGUCUUGGCAACCAAUUAACAAACCUCAGAGGAAAGGUUAAGACAGCGAUGGCAUGUGUUGUAAAGCAAAUUGCAGUUCCCAGCAUGACCAGCCAUGCUAUCAGAGGGUAGAUUUGUCCAGGUGUGAAUGGAAAACAACUGGAUCUUUUUAAUCCCAUUAGUUGCUGCUGCUGCUAUAUAUAUCAGGGGACACAGCAGACUGGGACAAUAACUCAUUGCCUGCCAAACAUUAGGGCCAGAAGAGGAUGUCAGGCUGUAUUCAGUAUCAACAAGGUACCAUUGUAAUUCAUUCUUAGCUCCCUCCCCUCAGGUUUUAUGGGCAUGUUUUUUUUCCCCUAAGAGUUAUAAUUUUUGUAGCCAAACUCCCAUCCUCUACCUGACUUUCAGCUUUGUUUUAGUUUUGUUUGUAUGUAUGAAUUCAGAGGGGAGAAUAUCUUUUUUUCCUCUUCUGGCUUCUUUAACUUGAGGGACUAUUUAUUGAGAUGUUUGUUUGGUCUGAGUUAAAUGUUGAUAAUAUUAUAGGUGUUGGUUUGAAUUCAUAUUAGCAAAUUGCUGUGCUGCUUUAUUCAAAUGUGAUGAAUUGGCAAAUAGUCCUUGACUGAGAUAUUCAGCCUGGAAUGCCCUCCCUAACUUGGAGCCCUCCAGAUGUGUUAUACUACCAUUUACAUCUUGUCAGCCAGUAUAUCAUUUUAAUAUUAGUUGGGGGUGAUGGAUAAUUCAACACAUCUGGAAAGCAGCAGUUAGGGGUUAGACCCUUUCAAAGCAGAACCAAAUUCAUUGGUGGUGUCAGCUCUGAUUGGGACCACCUUCUCAGCCUCUACAAGAUUCUUGCUCUUAGCUACAAGGUGGUCCAAUGCAUAACUUUCUCUCUUAUAAAAAACAAAACAGUCAAUCUUUUAAAAUGUCAUCAGAUACAUUCCCAUCAGAAAAUAUCGGAUUCCGGUGAACAUAAUUAUCCUGUGUUAAUUGCAAUCUCCACUGAUGGGCACAGAUGAAAUCAAUAAAACCAAUAAAACCA